CAAAUCACCACAAAUUUUAUGAUCGCAAAAAACGUCCUUUUCACGGACGAAAUUGGCCACAAACUUUAUCCAGACCCUUCUCUCUCUACACGCAGUCGCUCACCAUCAAAAUCAGUCGAAUAUAUAAAUGCCAUCGGAUAAAAUUGUCUGACUAACAAAGCAAACCAAAAACCCUGCACACACAGUCACGAGAACUUCACCUCAAAGCUUAAAAGGCUAAAACCCUUCCCUUUCACAUCUGCAUUAAUUCAAGAAAAAGCUGAAAGACAGUUGGUGGGAGUUGGGUGGGUGGAGGCUUUUUAUUCUUUAGAUUUAUCUGGAGACGAACGAUGCAGAAGCACAGCGGCGACCUGACGGAGGAGGAGAAAAGCAACCGUGAGGUGAUGGACGGUUCGAAUAUAAUGGAGUUGGUUAGGAACGAGAGAGUGUUCAACGAAUUUGUGGACCACAAGUUUGAGGAGCUCGACGGCGACCGCGACGGGAAGCUGUCGGUGAAGGAGCUGCAGCCCGCCGUGGAGGAUAUCGGCGCCGCCCUUGGCUUGCCAGCGCAGGGGACUUCGCCGGAGUCGGAUCAUAUUUACUCUGAGGUUCUUAAUGAGUUCACUCAUGGUAGACAAGAGAAAAUAAGCAAGACUGAGUUCAAAGAGGUCCUGUCAGAUUUUCUACUGGGCAUGGCUGCCGGCUUGAAACGAGACCCUGUGGUGAUUCUUCGAAUGGAUGGUGAGGAUCUUCGUGAGUUUGUUGAGAGUUCAAGCUUCGAACCCGAAAUGCUGUCUGUUUUUUCGGAGAUUGAAUCAUCACAUGGAUCUCUUAGAGACUGUAUCGUGAAGGCCUUCGAGAAACUCACGGUUGAUCAGGGCAUGCCACCUGCUACUGAUCCUUGGGUCACAAGUAACAUUCUUGAACCUGCUCUCGAAUCACUUGGGCAGUUUUCCGUUUCACAAGAAACAUUUUUGGCCGAGUUCAAAAAAGCUGCCGAGAAUGUGGUUCGAAUUCUCAAAGAGCAACCGGCUAUUGUUGCUCACAGCCAGAAUACUUUUGACGGCAGUGGCAUUAAGAGGCUGUUGUCCAACAAAUUUGAGCUGGAGAAGACACUCAACUCUGCUUUAAAGAGUGUACCCAAAGAUCGUCAUGGGAAGAUAUCAAAGGAAUAUUUGAGUGUUGCACUUGAUUCUGUGGCUGCAUCUGCCAACUUGCCUCCUCUUGGCGCUGUUGAUCAGAUGGAUCAAAUCAUGACCGAGGCUCUUAAGAUGUUUGAUUCUGGUGAUAGGAAAACCGUGAAAGAAAACGAGUUCAAGAAGCUUCUGACAGAAGUUUUAGGAAGCAUUAUGCUGCAGUUACAAGGCAACCCGAUUUCGGUCUCUAUAAACUCAGUCGUGCACGAGCCCCUUGCUUCAUCAUCCACCCUUCUCCAGCCAUCAUCACCAUAAGCCGAAAAAGGCAAGACUUUCUUGAAAAAAUGUGCCAUGUGGAUGAAAUAUUAUAAGAAACCGAGUCGUUUGAAUUUUGGUGUGAGCGGCCGGGAAGGUUGUUUCUAGCUUUGAAGCACUUACUAUUACUACUACUACUAUUAUUGCUACUACUUUCUUAUAUGUUGUUACCUAUGUGGGUAGAAAAUAUGUUGUUUGUAAAAACACUUGGUGUAAUCUUGAAUAUUAGUGAUUAUUAGCAGUUGAUGCUGUAAAAAAGUUUUUUUAACCGUGCUUGCUGUGUUUAUUCGAUUUGCUCUUGUUUUUG